UUUAUGAAUUGAUUGAAGUUUGCUGUUUAACAAGGAUUCUUUGGUCUGGAUCUUCUGCCCAUCUUCUGCUGCUCUGAAAUAUUUUGCUUUGGUGUUGUCCAAUCAACUUUGCCACAUAUCUACUCGUAUUCUACUGAUGGCUUAUUCGCCUCCUGUCAUGCCGGGCGAUUCAUCGCUGUUUGCUCUAUCGGAUUCAUCUCUAGACACAUAUUCCCUGCAAGAAAAAUUAGUAUUUGGUUUGAGCAAUGAGCUGAUAACCAAUCCCUCUAUAGCAUGCGAAACAUCCUUGAACAAGCCAUACUCUAAAAUGGACACUCAUUUACAUUCACCACCAUUGAGUGAAAGACUGCAGGAUGAAUCCUGUAGCGAAACCGACGUUGUUCCUGAACUGCUGCCUGGUCUCGAGCUUGAUUCCGCCACGCUUGUUUCUAGCUGCUGUGACAGUUGCAUAGACAAGGACUUUCAGAUCCCCACUCCACCCUCAAUUUCACCUACUUUAUCUCCAAUAAUGUCCCCAUUGUCCAUUUCUUCACUGGCUUCUGAACGCCCCGCUGGUCCAAAAAAGUUUGUUGGGUUUUCAGAUAUUGUCUCGAUUGGAUUCACACAUGCACGAGAAGAAUACGAUCGAGCAACCGAAGAAAUUGCAAAGCUGACCUAUCGGGAUAUGUUAGAGCUUCUGACUUAUCGGGUAGAGAUGCGAUCCAAUAGCUUCAAGAUGGCUCAAGCAUCGGUUUCUGCAAACACCUGAGUGUAGCCCGUGUUCACAUGCAGCCGACUUGAUUUGAACAUUGAUAUAUCCUUUCGUCAGAUAUUGUAUCUAGGACGUGAACAGCUUGCUGCAUUUAUACAUACCCACUUGGCGUGCACAUCCAUUAUUACCAUUUCAUUUGUUUGCAUUCCACUGAUCCCUUCCACUUAUUCUCAGUUCAUCUUCGUUGUUAUUUGCAUAUCCAAUUCCUUGGCAUUUCUAUUUGCUUUAUUGAAGAGUCGAUAAUUUGCGAUUGUUUUACACAAGCAUU